AUGUAGGUGACGCCAAAAGUCGACAAAUCGACAGUCCAACUUCACUCGCAAUCCGAAUGUACUGUUCUACAAAGAUGCAAUUGUCUUCUCGAAACCACUUUUGCAUAAAGAUACAUCAACCAUCUCUGUAAACUCUCUGUAAGCACACGGAUUCAAUUGAUACAAAGGAGAAUUGUAUAUACAAGUACACAUAUCCUCUGCAAAUUGAUUGUUGAAGCGGCAUAGGAUGGGGAAGAAGAGGAAGUCAAUAGCCACGAGCCUGGACGAGGUGGAUCGAAACAUGUACGCCUCGUUUUGUGGCGCUGCCAACUCUCUCUCACAGCUGUACACCCAGGCCAUGAACCAACAGAAGCUCUCCUUCCAAGCCGGUGAACGCCACGGCCUUGAAAAACUGUAUCAAUGGAUUAGGAGGCUGCAAGAAGGUGGUUCGAGAGUGACUACAGUUGAUAUACUUAAUUACAUUCAGAAUGAGCUGGACUAUUGUGGAGAAGAGCCAUCAAUGUCCCCUAGAGCACCCAUUCCUCAGAAUUCUCAACCAUCUACGCAGUUCACAAAUUCCAGCUUUUCGGUUUCUUCAGCCUCGUCUGGCACAGCAGGCAGAACAAGUGGUGGGCAGGGAGCUCGCUCUGAACACUCUAAUAAUCAAUCCAAAAAUUUAAUUUUCUCAAAUGCUUUGUCGAGCCCCGUUCGGCGGAGUCUUCAGAACUAUCACAUUGCUCAGGAAGGCCACUACCCAGCUGGUGGUCCAUCUAAUGGAAGCCGCAAUGAGGCCAACUUUAUUCAAAACCAGGACAGACAUGCCAAUCCUCCCAGUUCCAAUGAUUCUUCAAUGGACAUGCAUGCGGACUAAAUUGGCCUGUCCAGGAAACCUUUUGUGGUAUGUUGUUGUUGUUUGUUUGCAGUUUGCUUGCUGAAUAACUUGAAAUGGAUGAUGUAGUCGCUUGGUUGUUCGAAGCAUUACAUGGAAACUGUCCUUUGUAGAAAAUCAAAGGCAGGGUGCUGGCAACUUCAUCGCGUAUCUCAACAGAAUACUUUCUUUUAGUAGCUUGUGUGUUCUACUAGACAGGGUGCUGCUGGCAAGUUAAUCUUUCUUGUUUUUGCGUGACAUUUGCUGUCAGAAUGAUUUUUAAACUUUAGGUUUUUCUUCAUCUUCUUUUAAGGAUGUGUUAUAUACUGAAAAAAAAAUCAUCUGUGUAAAUUUGCUCUCCUGUAUAUCUUGAUGAAGAUUUGCUAUGAAGAAAUGGGAAGAAGGAAAAUAUCUGAAGAUUUUUUUUUGGUC